AUGGAUUGUGCCGGGACGUGCAAUGGUGUGGCAUCGCUUGAUGCUUGCAACGUCUGCUCUGGCGGCGACUCGGGCCGCAUGGCCAACGCCGACCGCGACGAUUGCGGCGUGUGCUUUGGCGGCAACACCGCUAAGGACGACUGCGGUGUAUGCUUUGGCGCCAAUGCGCACAAGGACGACUGUGGCGUGUGCUUUGGAUCGAACGCGACCUGCGCCGGCUGUGAUGGGGUGCCCAACUCGAGCCUCGUCCGCGACGUUUGCGGAGUGUGCGACGGUGACGGAUCGACCUGUCUCGGCUGCGACGGGGUGCCGAUCCCGUCUGGUGGUGCCCAUUUCGACGCUUGUGGUGUCUGCGGCGGCAACGCGACAGUCUGCUACGUUGGCUGCGACGGUGUUUACGGCUCGGGCAUCCAGUUUGACUGCCACGGCGUGUGCGGUGGUAAUGCGACCAUCGAUGACUGCGGCAUGUGCGCCGGCGGCAACAUCUCAACCCGGCUCCCGUACAACUACCAUGUCGACUCGUGCGGCGUGUGCUUUGGUCAGGAUCUGACGUGCACAACCUGCGCGUCGGGGAGUCUCGACGCCUGCGGCGUGUGCGACGGCGACAACUCGACGUGCGUCGGCUGUGACGGGGUCCUUGUCUCUGAUGGCGGUGCGCUCUUUGAUCUCUGCGGCGUCUGUGGCGGCGACGGCACGUCGUGCAUCAUGGGCUGCGACGGACGGUACCGCCACGGUUGA